CAGGAAUCAUACCUCUGUAUAUCCAAGACCGGCUUUCGUUUUGGGGUUUGAAGUGUUACAAAGAAGUGGUAACUCUAACUUAGUUGAUACAUUCGAAGGUCACGAAAAUGUCCGACCAAGGGUUGGUUCGUUCUGGAGUCUCAUUUACUAAUGCAGUACAGGAUGAUCCCCUGGUGUACGAAAUUAAUCACUCAAAAGAAAUUAUUCCGUGUAUCUCUCAGCUCUAUCGAAAUGAAACAUUUAGUGAUGUUGUUCUAGUUGUCCAGAAUACUCGUUUCCCUGCUCACAGAGCUAUAUUGGCAGCUCGCUCUGAGUACUUUAGAGCGUUGUUUUAUGGAGGACUUGCUGAGUCAUCUUCAUCUGUCGUCUAUCUAAACAACAUUAAUGUGAUUGCUUUCAAAAGCAUCCUAAAUUACAUAUAUACCGGUCAGAUGAAAUUAACAAAACCUAAGCUCACCCUUAGUAUCCUGUGUCUCGCUCAUCAAUAUAAUUUCCGUAGUCUGGAAACUGUUAUAUCUACUUACUUAACACAUUCCCUUUCUGUGAAGAAUGUAUGGUGUAUCUACGAUAUGGCUAUAAUGUAUAACCUGGAUAGUCUCAUAACGGCUUGCCUACGGUUUUUAGACUGCCUUGCACCUGCUCCUUUGUACAAUCCACGAUUCCUAAGGCUAUCACAGGUCAGUUCAUUGGGUCUGUGCAUAUGUCCUUAUACAUUGUUCACACAUUUUUCGUGCUUGUCUUAUCAGUUUUUUUAUACUGUAAUGAAUUUCUGAUUUGUCUGAAGAAUUUAUUUGGACGGGUACUGUUCAAAGCCAUAAAGACAGUGUUCAACCUUUACUAGUUCAAAAUAUCUUUAGCCACAGUAUUUAAGAAUAAACUUCAACUGUGUAACUAAUCACCAUCGAUAUCAAAUAAAUUAACAUGUUAAUCUAUCACAAUCAAUCAUGGAUUUAUUUAUUUUGAUUUAUUUUGAUCGCUUAAAUUGUUCAUUUUCAUCAAUCGUCUGACAAAAUUCAUGCAUUUCACUUAAAUGUCCCAUAAGUGUGUGGAUUGACCAGUCUUGCUUAUCAAAAAAAAACCCUAACUGUUUUGUUAACCCGAACUUUAGUAAUAUGUGCAAAGAUUGCUACACUCAGUUUUGUAUUUUAUUUUGCUAAGGCUUUUUCGCUUGCACUUUCUUCAUGGUGUUCCUCCUCAUACGGACUUGUAAUUUCUAUUUACCAAUCUAACGUAUAUACUUACAUAUCUGAACUAUUAUGUGAUAGCGUAGAUACGUCCUAUUUUCAAUAUUAUAUUGUUCAUGAAGUGUUAGUAUCACUCGACCAAACGAUGUAACAGCUUAAUACACACUGAAAGUUGUGUUUUCAGGCAAGAAGUAUUGUAUUCCUAACUUCUCGAUACUUCAUGGAAAUGAUGGUAUGAGUGUUGGGGAUGUCAAAUCCCCAGAACUUACUUGGUAAAUGGCCUAAUCUUGUAGUUUUAUUUUGAAAAUUUGAAUUUAGCUGUUUUCGCGCCAAAAGCGCUCUUUUACCUUCACGUCAUAUUUCCCACCUGUAAACUAUCUUAACCGCUAUUGGUCCUUUGUUUCUUUAUGUGUGCUAUUUACUAAUGGUGCUCAAGGACAAUUUGUUACUGUAUAAAUGCGCUUGACUUUUUCCCUUAUUUGAUUGCUUGUACCCGGCUGCUUACGGAAUACAUAUAUAUUCCCCUACUUGCCUUGGACUUCUUCAUCUAGUUAGCGGGGCCUGGGACAACAGAUUAGAAUAGCUUAUCGUGUCAUUGUGUCAUUUGGUUUUCGUUCGUUACCGCGGAAUCGAUUUAGUUUCAGGCAUAACAAUUGGCGACGGUGGUUUGGAAACAUGGAUCCUUCUAAACUCGAAUCAUUACUUGAACAGCAGCUGAAGCUCAUACAAAUGCUGACAGACAUGAAAGUUUCGCCCCCUUCACAGCCUAGCACAGCUAAUGCAACCACAGCACCAUCAGUAGACGGCGUCGCAAAUAGUAUUGCUGAGUUUCAUUAUGAUCCUGAUGCAAACGUUACUUUUGACAUGUGGUUCCGGCGUUAUGAAGACCUAUUUAAAUUUGAUUUUGCUAAUCAAGAUGAUGCUUGGAAGGUACGACUGCUACUUCGGAAGUUGGGUGCAAGUGAGCUGGACAGGUACUGCAAUUUGAUCCUGCCAUUGAAUCCACGUGAUCGCUCUUUCGCAGACACAGUCCAGACACUAAGCCUACAUUUUGGGGACAAUUCAUCAUUGUUUAACACCCGUUACCGAUGUUUGAAGCUGGUUAUGAACGAAGACGAUGACUUCCUUACGCAUGUGGGCAUCGUUAACCUUGAAUGCGAACGGUUCCGGUUAAAGUCUUUAUCUGAAGACCAGUUCAAAGCCCUUAUCCUCAUUUGCAGCCUUCAGUCCCAGAAGUUCAGUGACAUAAGAACGCGACUACUAUGUCGAUUGGACCAAAAUCCAAAACUCACACUAAAUGACAUGGCUAAUGAAUAUCAACGCCUAGUAAAUCUACAACGAGACACGUCGAUGGUUGAGAGUGGUGGGUCUAGUCGAUCGGAAGUACGAGUAAUCCAAAAGACAACUAACCAGAAUCAGUGCGCUCCCGCUGCAUUCAGUCCAACUCAUUUCAGCCCAAUUCGACAGACCAGAACAAAUCCCUCCACUCCUUGCUGGCAUUGUGGUGCAUGGCACUACGUAAGGAAUUGCCCAUUUAAGCAACAUCGAUGCAGGAAGUGCAAGGUUGUUGGCCACAAGGACGGGUUUUGCCUUAAGAGCACACCAAAUCGAUCCAGUAAUACCAAAAAGACGGUUCCAAAGCCCUGUACCUCUUCUUUGAGCUUGGCAUCUUCUUGUCAGAGUUCAUCACCAGAUUGCAAAUAGAUACCGCAUCAGACGUCACCAUCCUCUCUCACAAAAAUUGGAUCAAAAUGGGUCGCCCAAGCCUGCAGCGAACAACUAAAAAGCCUCGUACCGCAUGUGGUAAUUUCCUACACUUAGAAGGACAAUUGGAAUGUAGAGUGACCUUCCAGGAGUCGUCAUUUACCGGGAUUGGUUCGAUCAACUGAAAUUGGCUGAUGUCCCACUAAAUACCAUAUGCCACAUGAUAUCACAACCUCAUGGCACUGAAUCGUAUACCAGGAAGCUAAUGGCGCAGUUUUCAUCGAUUUUCCAGCCUGGUUUGGGACAGUGUUCUACCUUAAAAGCAACGCUUCGUUUGAAACCUGGAGCUAAGCCUGUCUUUCGUCCCAAAAGACCCGUGCCUUAUGCGACGUUACCAACAGUAGAUGAAGAAUUAAACCGCCUCCAACAACAAGGAGUAAUUACUCCCGUUUCUUACUCCGCCUGGGCAGCACCGAUAGUGGUCAUCAAGAAAGCAAACGGCACCUUACGAAUAUGUGCUGAUUUUUCUACAGGUCUAAAUGCAGCCCUUGAACAACACCACUAUCCCUUACCAGUUCCGGCAGAUUUGUUUACGAUGCUGAAUGGGGGAAAAUUCUUCGCAAAACUGGAUCUUGCUGAUGCUUAUUUGCAAGUUGAAGUAGACGAAGCAUCUAGGGAGCUGCUUACUAUCAACACUCACCGUGGGUUAUUUCAGUACAACCGUUUACCAUUCGGUGUCAAGACUGCACCAUCUAUUUUCCAACAAUUAAUGGAUACUAUCUUAUCGGGCAUCCCGGGAGUCGCGGCUUACCUUGACGACAUUCUAAUUGUUGCCGCAACGUUAGAACAGCUACAUGAGCGAACGACAUCGGUACUGAAACGCAUUAGUGAAAACGGGUUCCGGUUACGACCUGAGAAAUGCCAGUUUUUAUUACGGUCCGUAAAGUAUUUGGGGUUUAUUUUUGAUGCUGACGGCCGCAGACCGGAUCCUGAAAAUGUCCAAGCGAUACGACAGAUGCCCACACCCACGAAUAUCUCCGCACUGCGUUCCUUCAUGGGACUGGUCUCUUACUAUGCCGCGUUCGUCCCUUCAAUGCAUGACAUUCGUGCCCCACUGAAUGGCCUACUGAGCAAGAACAGUACGUGGAACUGGACUAAAGAGUGUGACGCAGCAUUCUGUAAACUGAAGUCCAUCAUCAGCUCGAAAUUGUUAUUAACGCACUACGAUCCAUGCAUGCCAAUCAUUGUAGCUGCAGAUGCCUCAGCGUAUGGCGUAGGAGCCGUCAUUUCUCAUCAGUUUCCAGACGCAACAGAGAAGGCUGUCAUGCACGCAUCCCGAACACUGACCCCGGCAGAAAGGAAGUAUAGUCAGAUAGAGAAGGAGGCUCUCGCCCUGGUGUUUGCGGUGCGGCGGUUCCACAAAUUUUUGUACGGUCGGAGGUUCACACUCCUUACGGAUCACAAGCCCCUUCUCGCAAUUUUUGGUUCGAAAUCUGGCGUCCCGGCCCACUCUGCAAACCGUCUCCAACGAUGGGCUUUGAUCCUCUUGGGGUAUGAUUUUGACAUUCAGUAUCGACGCACCAAACAAUUUGGUCAAGCAGACGCAUUGUCACGACUCAUCAACGAACACUCUACGACCGAUGAAGUUGCCGUUAUCGCUUCUCUUUCGACAGAAGACCACGCGCAAUGCUACCUGACAACCGCUGUUCGUGCUUUGCCAGUCUUAGAAUCUGAGAUACAAAUUGCUUCCAGAAACGACCCCGUCAUUAAGAAAACGAUGAACUACGUCACCAAUGGCUGGCCAUCAACUGAACUUGACGGUGACAUGAAGCAGCUUUACCAUCGUCGUGACUCAUUAUGUGUCGUAAAUGAAUGCUUGAUGUUUGGAGAUAGAGUGGUCGUGCCAGAAUCCCUACGACCGAGGGUGCUGAAGCAAUUCCACAUUGGUCAUCCAGGCAUAAAGCGUAUGAAAUCCAUCGCCAGAAGCUAUGCUUACUGGCCCCUCAUGGACCAGCAUAUCGUGGAUCUAGUAAACAAAUGUGCUCAGUGUCAACAAGCUGCAAAGUCCAAUGCGAAGGUACCGCCGGUCCCAUGGCCACAGCCUGAGCAUCCCUGGUCUAGGAUACAUAUCGACUUUGCCGGUCCAGUCAACGGAACCACAUAUCUUGUCGUGGUCGACGCCUUCUCAAAAUGGCCGGAGAUUGUUCCCGUCACUCCACCAACGACCACCCAGACUCUGAAACAUUUGACUGAGUUGUUCGCACGAAACGGAUUACCGGAAGUGAUUGUAUCCGACAACGGUUCGCAGUUCGCCUCGGCGCAGUUCCAAGAGUUCUGCAAACGCCUAACCAUCAGGCAUCUUCGCGCCCCACCUUACCACCCACAAUCGAAUGGGCAAGCGGAAAGGUUCGUGGAUACGUUCAAGAGGGCUCUGAUUAAGUCAAAAGGGGAGGGGACGCCAGUGGAAACACUGCAGAAUUUUUUAUUUGCCUACAGAACGACCCCCAACGACACGCUGCCGGAGCAGAAGUCCCCCGCAGAGAUCCUCAUGGGAAGACGGCUGAGGACCAUUCACAACUUGAUGCUGCCGAAAUCCACACCACCACUAAUACAAACCACGUCCCGGAAGCUACCCACGUACAACGUUGGAUGCCCAGUAUUCGCUCGGGACUACAGAGCAAAUCGUGACCCUUGGAUCGAAGCACGUGUGGUUAGACGGAUGGGAGAAGUCAUGUAUGAGGUUGAGGUAGGAACGGACAGAUGGACCAGACAUCGAAAUCAACUACGCAAGCGGUUAACACCAGAGCGCCCAUCGACCGAAGUAAAGAUUCCGCUGGACGUACUAUUGGAUACAUUUAAUCUGCCGGCAGUCCCAACGCAUGAAGAAGAUCAAAAGGUCGAUCUACGGUCCCGAAGAUGGUCACUGCGCCAACGGCGACAGACAGUUAGAAUGCAGGUGGACCCAAAGAAUGUCCGUUACUAAAAAGGGGAGGUGUUGGGGAUGUCAAAUCCCCAGAACUUACUUGGUAAAUGGCCUAAUCUUGUAGUUUUAUUUUGAAAAUUUGAAUUUAGCUGUUUUCGCGCCAAAAGCGCUCUUUUACCUUCACGUCAUAUUUCCCACCUGUAAACUAUCUUAACCGCUAUUGGUCCUUUGUUUCUUUAUGUGUGCUAUUUACUAAUGGUGCUCAAGGACAAUUUGUUACUGUAUAAAUGCGCUUGACUUUUUCCCUUAUUUGAUUGCUUGUACCCGGCUGCUUACGGAAUACAUAUAUAUUCCCCU